AAUAGGUGAACUGGUGAUAUGAGUGACCAGAAAGGUGAUUCAAAGAGUGACCAAAAAGGCGACUCAAAAGGUGACUCAAAGGGUGACCAAAAGACUGAGCACAAGGGUGACCAAAAGACUGAGCACAAGGGUGACCAAAAGAGUGACCAAAAGGCCAAACCAAAAGCUACUCAAAAGAAAAAUCCAGACUAUGAGCAAAUUAAAGCCAAGGCCCCAAGAAUUUUGGCUGAAAUGGUACAGAUGCUUAUCAUGUGGCAGAAAAUGGGCUUCCAUGUGCCACGAGGGGUCAAAAACGUAUUUGAGUUUACAUGGGAUGAGCUCAUGGUGUCACCGCCGAGAAAAUAUUUCACUGGUUUAUAUUGUCCCAUUCUCAAGUUCCUUUCCUAUGAUGAGAUUGAUUUCUCUUCUACUCCUACUUCAAGAGGCCAAAAGCUGGGCCCUACACCCUCAGGCCCAAAGCCUACUUACGUGACCCCUUCAUCUGAAAAUCAACAGAUGCUCCUCAAAUUCCAAAAACGGUCUGUCCAUCUCCUCACUGAACUCUUGAAGAUGAAGAUGAAGAUAAUGAUUGAUACAGUUGCUGGCCCCAGUACUGAAGAAAUUGCAAGGCGUUUUUUGGAAACUGGCCAAAAACUAAGCCCUAAAACACGUGAAGAGGCAACUGAAUUCAUGACCAGAGAGCCAAGGAGGAAAGGACGUGGCAUAGUACCAGCAGCUCCAGCAAUUCCUAUUUCUUCCACCACCCAGCUUAUACAGCAGAUGUCGAUGUCCUGUCUUUGCUUUUCAUUGUCACUGAAAGACAGCAAGUCACAAAAGAGCUCAGGUAAAGGUGGGGGUAGUACUCUUCAAGAGAGAGAUGUGGGUUACGAUGACAGACUUGACCCAUGCCCUGAAGCUAGAGACAUGCUCCGAGAAAUUUGCCAGCAUAUAGAGGAGGAGAAGGCUGCAGCCAUAGCAAAAGGCCAUACAAGACCCCUAAUACUGAGAAAUUACAUGACUAUCCACAAGUCACCAUCUCAGGCUUUGAAAAGAGCUUCGCUGUCCCUGGUAGCCUCCGAGAUGCGGCGUUUGAAAGGGAAGAAGUUCUUCUUUUCCUUCCCUGACGGAUCAUCCUUGCUGUAUUAUCCGUCAGGAAAUGUUGCGGUCUGCCAGUUUCCCAUAUGCUGUGUAGGAAAAACAGUCACCCUUCUGUUUCAGGAUGCUCCAAGUCAAACACUUCUAGGUACAUUUACGUCACAGGGCCAAUUGUGUGUACGUUAUUGCUUUAAAGCCAGCUGUUCAAUAGCACUGUUGAUGAAUAAUGAAGGAGGAACCGUUAGGGACAAGGAAGGCUAUUUAACCCAGCAUUGGAGCUGGUAUUCCAAAAACCAAGUUCUGCAGUCAUUAGAUUUUCAGAUAAAUGAACAGUUAAAACUCAAGGUUGUUAAUCAAAAUACCAUGACAAUUACUUUUACCUCCCAAAAUGAAACCAUCACCUUGUCAUUGGUAAGACCUGGAUGCCCACAUGGAUUCAAGGCUGAGAAGCAGUUGUCUGUAAAAAGCAUUGAAAGUGAAGACAAGGAAGGUCAGUGGGGCAGAAGCUUAGCAGAGAUUAAGAAGAGGUUUGAGAAGAUAGUAAAGCAAUUUAUAAAUGGUGUUUUGAUGGUCUCAGGAAUAUGUUGUAUAGAGUAUCCGCUUGAUCUCACUCCUUCAAAGCAAGUGAAAUUUUUGAUGAAAGAAUCAGCAUUUCAGGCCUGGGAUCGAAAACUAAGAGAGGAUGCCACUGCCAAGGUGUCGGAAGCCAAACAGAAAUCAAGUGCCAAACCACUCCCUACACGGAGACUUACCACUGCCAAGCCUUUCAAGAGAAAACAAAGGCCUCCCUCAGGGACCAAAGCAGAGCUGCCCUCACUUAAGGGUAUAGUUCUUCCACUGGAUACCUGGGCAUUUUCUCCUACUGACUGUCCAGUUGUGCUACGCAAAAUUUUGUCCAAAGAGGAGGAUGGUUUAUGUUGCAAAUGUGUGGUGAAGAUCCCAUCAAUUACAGACCUGGAAUUUGAAAAGUUUGUUGCUGCCCCAAGAGACCCUCAUCAAGUCAUUGUGAUCUGUGUGCUAUCACCCCAAAAUCAUUCUUACUCCCCUUUCUUUGAGUGGUCCAUAGAAAAGAUGUACAUACAAAUGCAACAUGGCCGCCCCUCCCCUUGCGUUCAGUGCAAACACGAUCCCUACCGCUUCCUGAUAUAUGAUCUAGAAAGCCCUCUGAACAAAAUGCCUCCUCUGCUGGUGCAGAAGCAUGGUGUAGUUCCUGGAAUGGUAGUGAUGUACGCUGGAGGGAAGCUACUCUUUGGGGGCUGUGUUUUCAACGGAUACAGCUUCAGCAAGAGAGACCUGCUGAAGCAGAUCAACCAAGUUUGCCUUGACUGCAAGAUGGGUCACUUCCUGCCACAGAGUUUCAAAUUUAGUCCCACUAUUGAAACUCCGAAGAAGGUCUCUGUUCCAGCCAUGGAAAGUUUUUAUAGGAUUAACGAGUUUUUGCCUCUGGAAGAGCCUGAUAUUGAGGAGAAAAAAGAGAUACAGAAGCCUAAACGUGUCACCACUGGGAAAAAAAAGACCAAGAAAUAG